GUUGCUCAGCUCUCCCCUCCCUCCCUCUCUCCUCCUCUUCUCUCUCUCUGCCUCUCCCCUCCCGUCUCCACCACUCACUGUGCAGCGGGGAUGGAGCAGGGCUCAGGAGCUGUCUAACUCGGCUGGGGGACGGGGCGCAGGCUCACUUGCUGGGGAGCAGAGGGAGAGACCCUGCUGGCCUAAGCCAGUAUCUGCCUGGCCUGGAAGAGGGGGGGGACCACGCUGCACGGUUCUCCCUGCGUUCAGUUCAGGGGGCAGAGAGAGACGUGGACUUGGAGACUCUCCUGGGAAGUGGGAGAGAGCGACGGUGCGAUGGACCCCAAGGACCGCAAGAAGAUCCAGUUCUCCGUCCCGGCACCCCCCAGCCAGCUGGACCCCAGGGCAGUGGACAUGAUCCGCCGCCGGAGGCCCACGCCCGCCAUGCUCUUCCAGAUGUCGGAGCACUCGUCCCCAGAAGAGGAUUAUUCCCCAUACCAGAGAACGCUGGGAGAGGGCCACCUGCUUAAAACAAAGAGGACCAACCCGUGUGUCUACACACCUCCCUCUCUUAAAGCCAUGCAGCGCAUAGUGCAGUCGCACCUGGAGGCCAGCAGCGGCCUGGAGGACGAGGAUGCUGCCGAGCAGGAGGACAGCUCCGAAGGGGAGGCCGAGGACGACAAGUCAUGUGACCCAGACGACAUUGACUCCGAGAUCCCCGGCCCGUGUGAACUGGAGAGCAGCGUCGUUCCUGGAGCCCAGGCGAUGAAGGAGCUGCCUCUGACACCUGAGGUACCAGCAGCCCGUCCCAAGCCAGUUCUGCCAAAACAGCACUCCGCCCCGGGAAAUGAGACCAAGGCAUUUGAACCCCGUAUCUCUCCAGCUGUCAUCAAAUCACACAAAAGGAAAGGUGGCCAGAAAGUGUCCUUCGCUGGCGGGAUAGCGGAACUCGGGGAUGAGCUGAACUCACUUGCUGAAUGGGAGAAACCUGAAGCUAUUGAAGGAGACGGGCCCAAGGCCCAGGAUCCAGAUCCAGGGCAGGACAGUCCUUCCCCGAGCGAACACAUCAAGGAGCGGAGACAUGUUGGCUUUGCAGAGAGACCUCCGCGCUCUGUGAACGUGGAGAACUGCUCCACCACCUCCCCGCUGGGAGGCACCAGUUAGCCUGGGUGGCGGAAGGAAGAUGGAGGAAGCCGUCCCACAGGUGGAACGCACUCAUCUUCCCGCUCCACGUUAUGGAUUCUCUUUCCUUAACAGCCUCAUUUACUUUAUUCCCCCCUCCCCCUUUCCUUUCUCAUCUUUCUGAUUUUCCCAUCACCUGCCAAUGGUUGGCUUGUUUCUGUUAAGUGAAUGUAGUGCUGGCAAAAGGUGGCAGCUGGACAGAUGUUUGAAAGUCUCUGCAUGUCCAACAAGAUGAUAGAGAUGGGCAAGUCCUCUUGCCGUGGGGCAUCUAAUCCAUCCCAGGCCCGGAGGCUACUGCAAGAUUUCCCCUAUUCUCCAUUUACUAGUACUCUGUCCUAUCCGUCUAACUGUGCCAAACAAUGGGGCUUCCUUCGCUUAGGAGACAAUCGCACGUCCCAGUGCAGUACAGGUGGCAGCAAAGCCAGCUUCCCCCGUGUCUUCAACCCUAAAGAAAGGCCCUUCCUUUGGACCGUUCAGUCUUUUUGGUCCAUUCAGUCCUUGCCCUUUUUGCUUGGGCAUGCUAAAAGUGUGUGUGGGGGGGGCAAUUAGUGUCAGUGAUGGUGGUGCAGGGGAGGUGGAGACCCUGCCCACCAGGAACAGACCCUGAGACUCACAAGCCUUGGAGUUGUCCUAGCAAGAGCUGCCCUAGGGUGUGAAAUCCUGGCUUGUGUGGAAGGGUUUGUGGGUGCAUGCACGGGCAAAGCUGGGCACGAAUUCCUUCCUUCCAGCAGGGAGACUAUCUGGUCUUUAUCUCCACUGGUUUAUAUGUUUCAUUAAAGCAAACCAGCUCUUAGCUUCUCUGAAAGACCACAGAGCAAGAGAGGAACACAGGAGCAAACUCCAGCUCCAUGUGGCAGGGGGAAGCCCAGUGGUACUAGGGGAGUGCUGAGCAGAGGAGAAAAGCUUGAAGAUGAUUCCACCCACUAGCGCAUCUCCAUGACUUUCAGCGGAGCGGAGUCUGGGCGCAGGGGCACCGAACACAGGGGAGAUAGGUCAGGUGGGAUUACUUUAAAAUUAAAAUGUGAAAUGGCACCGGAGGGUUGAACAGAGGUGGAGCCAAACCAUAGUGUUGGUUCACCAGCCCUGGAGACUGAAGUCCUCUAGUUUAUAUCCUAGGGCAGACAGGGUCAAACUUCCCCCACCAACGUGCCUCAAGCUCAAUCUGUAGCAAGGACCCUGGCUCGGAUCCUCAAAGUUUUGGACGUACCUAAUUCCCCUAGAGCCCCUGUCUCUAGUGAGGAUGAAGGCCUCCCACUCAAUCCUUGGCUUCCAGGCUGAUGCUGCCUAACAAAAGAGGCCAGUCUGUGCUAGUGAGGGUGAUUUUUGUCAUGUGGCCACUUAUCUCCUGGGACCUGAGCCAAGAACCCACUGACUUGUUUCACAGGAGCCACCACACAGCUUACAAUGGCUAGUGGCUUGAGCUGGAUUUGAACCAGCCCCUUCGGUGGGAACAUUAACAUGGAACAUGCAAGUUCCUGUUUGCCAAAUCCAAAAUGCUGUUUUCCAUGGUUAUAUCAUCCCUAAUGGGGACUGCGAGCAAGAGGCAGCUUCUUAGUCUAGUUUAGGUCACUCUCUCUCCUUCUCUCUCUCUCUCUCUGUACCCUUUGAUCCUGUAUUGAGCAACGCCCCUUCCGUGCACCUCAUUGCGGUAAUAAAGCUUUGUAAAUAAA